AUUUGUGUGCCGUGAACGACGGUUAGUAAACCCCGUAUCGAUCAUAACCGUAGACGGUGCUUUUAGUAGUCCUGUUCUAGUCGCUGUAGUGCAUGCUUGUGUGAGUGUGUUAUCGGCAUCGUUUGCCAGAAAAUCUAACUUAGGAUUGUCGGAUUAAGUUAUUACAGGUUAGAGCAGAAUGUCUGUCCCCGACAAAGAUGAGCUGGUGCAAAGGGCCAAAUUGGCCGAACAGGCCGAAAGGUACGACGACAUGGCCUCCGCUAUGAAAUCCGUCACAGAGACCGGAGUGGAACUCAGUAACGAGGAGCGAAAUCUUUUAUCGGUGGCUUACAAAAAUGUCGUCGGUGCCAGGAGGUCUUCUUGGAGGGUUAUAUCAUCAAUCGAACAGAAAACCGAAGGCUCCGAACGGAAACAGCAGAUGGCUAAAGAAUAUAGAGAAAAAGUAGAGAAAGAACUGAGGGAAAUUUGUGACGAUGUUCUUGGUCUUUUGGACAAAUACCUAAUCCCCAAAGCAUCUAAUGCAGAAUCGAAAGUUUUCUACCUUAAAAUGAAGGGUGACUACUAUAGGUACCUUGCUGAAGUCGCGACAGGAGACACUAGAAAUAAAGUGGUCGAGGAUUCUCAAAAGGCAUACCAGGAAGCGUUUGACAUUGCCAAAUCGAAAAUGCAAUCAACACACCCUAUUCGACUGGGCCUGGCUCUAAAUUUCUCGGUGUUUUACUAUGAAAUUAUCAAUUCCCCGGCGCGUGCCUGUCACCUGGCCAAACAGGCCUUUGACGACGCUAUCGCAGAGUUGGACACUCUGAACGAAGAUUCAUAUAAGGACAGUACGCUCAUCAUGCAACUGUUGCGAGACAACCUCACACUUUGGACGAGCGAUACGCAGGGGGAGGCGGAUGAGCCUCAAGAACCAGGUGAUAACUGAAAUGUGUCCUCGUCCCUUUUUUUAAUAUUAUUCGUUACAAAUGAAAUUUCUUGUAAGUUAACGUAUUCGUGGAACUUUAUUGUGAAGUUUCAUUGACAGUUUUUAAGUUUCACACAGCUGAAACUUUUGAUAUUUAACAAUGUUUUUAGGAGAUAUGUAAAAUCGUUAAAUUUAAAUUGUAUUUCACAUAAAACACACAAUCGGCGUAACUUUAACCACCAGAACAUUCAAGAAAAAAAAUAUAUCAUCAUUUCUUUUGUUUUUUUUGUUUUGUUUUUUUUUUGCCAGAUGUCGUGUGAUCCAGCGUCAGUUUCUUCAUCUUUUAUUACUUGUUUUAUAUUUGAUUAUUUUAUAUAUUAUAGUGUAUCCCUCCUAAAAUGUGUAAUUUAAUUCAACUUUUCCAGCACUUUUAAGUUCUAACUUGUUAAUAUUAAAUUUAUUAUUUAAUAAUGUUGUUUUAGUUUUUGUUACUGAUUUUCUUUUUUUUUUUUUAUUCCGAUCUUCUCGUUUUCCUUAUUGAGGAAUGUCACGGAACCGCCAGAUAUUUUUUUUUUUUUGUGUUGGUUAGUCGCCGAAUUUGUUUAACCGGGAUUUCAUUUACGUUUGCACUGCGCAGGUCUUUGAAAUAGACCUGAAUCCCCUCCCUUCCAACCUGUACGUUUCGGUAAAGGAAACACUCACUUUGGAUGUGCUAUAUAUAAAUGUAUGAAUAUGUAUUAAAAUAAACGCUACCAGCUCUAUUUGUUUUCUGUUGUAUCUGUCAAGUAUAUUUGUCAGAUAUAAAUAAAUUUUUCAAAAUCU